AUGGCAAGUGGGAAGGCUUUAAAUUGUGAACUUUCUAAGCUUUUCAGUGAGAUGUGGGAUGCAGAUGUUCACCGCCUUAGGCCUGGGAAAGACUACACAAUUGAUGUGCAGGGAAAAGCACGUCCAGCACAGCACAGUGACAGUGCUGUCCAGGACAAUGCAGCCAGACAUCUGUUUCACAGUGUAAAUGAAGAACACCUGAGGAGCAUAAAAACUUUUGCAACCUUUAUUUCCUUAUUGGACAACUAUGAGACAUCAACUGGUGUAGCAGAAGUAGUGACUCCGGAAGAAAUAGUUGAAAACAAUUUCCUUGAUGCUAUCUUAGCAACAGAAGUCAUGAAACUAGCUCAUGACUAUCUGCUGAACAAAAACCUAGCAAAGCCAAACCUUGCUGAUUUCAAACAUCAACUUUAUGACAUCUGGUUCCAGCUCUACGCCAGGAAAGAAGGAGACAGACCUGAUUCUUGUGGUUUUGAACAUGUUUUUGUUGGAGAAACAAGGCAUGGUAAAGAGAUCUUAGGUUUGCACAACUGGGUGCAAUUUUACCUUCAGGAAAAGCGUGACCAGAUUGAUUACAAGGGAUACGUCGCUCGGAAGAACAAAACCAGGCCUGACAAAGAUGACCAAGUUUUGAGCAUCCAGUUCAGCUGGAAGGGCUCAGUCAAGCCAAUUGGAAGCACUUUUAUUGGUGUCAGCCCUGAAUUCGAAUUUGCCCUUUACACAGUCAUUUUCCUGCUGUCUGAAGAAAGAGUCACACGUGAAACAGUGAAGAUAGAUGAGUAUGAGGUACAGGUGGUUGUCUGGCGCCAUGGGCAGCACAUUGGAACAGCAUACCCAGUACUGCUCAGCACCACUAGUGAAGACUAG